CAAAUCACGCGAUAUUUCCAACCAGGGUUAAAGUUGAUAAUUUCCAUGUGCUUAAAUGGCGGCGUUAUACUCAAUUCACGAAUAUUUAUAAUAGAAUUAUUAAAUUGGAAAAAACGUGGAAUCGUUGGGAAAAACGUUUUCUUCCUUAGCACGUUCAAAACUCAUUCCGUUCUCAGUUUGGUUUUAUUACGAUAUCCUGUGCUAUUCCGAGUUAGCUAUUUCACCUUGUAUCGUGUGGUUUUGGUUGUGUCGUCUCUCUUAAAUUUAGAUGGCUCAGGGGACAUGUUUCAAACCAGACUGCCGCUAAGGGCCUUGGCAACAAGUAGACGGGUAGUAGCAGAAAACGGUGGUCUUGUAAAAUUACUUUCCAGUAUGAGUGAAGCAUCACAAAGCGCCAAUCUCUUGAAACGAUCCAAAGAGGAAAAUGAGGUUGUUCAAACCAUUAAAAGAGCCAAAUCUGAUGGAGACAACGCCGAAGAGGAAAGGCGAUACCCCAAAAAGAAAGUCAUCCUCCUGAUGGCAUACUGUGGCAAGGGCUACUAUGGAAUGCAGCGAAAUCCUGGGAACACUCAGUUCAGGACAAUAGAGGAUGAUCUCGUUGCAGCUCUGAUCAAAUCAGGCUGCAUUCCUGAAAACCAUGGCGAUGAAAUGAAGAAGAUGUCUUUCCAAAGAUGUGCCAGGACUGAUAAGGGUGUGUCGGCAGCAGGCCAAGUGGUGUCCCUGAAGCUGUGGUUGAUUGAAGAUAUUGUUGAAAAAAUCAACAAGCACCUGCCACCUCAAAUCAGAAUCCUUGGUCUGAAACGAGUGACCCAAGGAUUCAAUUCCAAAAACAACUGUGACGCUCGCACAUAUUCUUACCUGCUUCCAACGGUGGCCUUUACUCAUAAAGACUAUGAAACAAAUGACACGGCAUCCUUUCGCCUCGAUCCGGAGACGCUACAGAGAGUCAACCUUCUGUUUGCGAGAUACAAGGGAACCCACAAUUUCCACAACUUCACCUCCCAAAAGGCUCCAAAGGACCCCAGUGCCCGUCGUUACAUCACAGAGAUGUCCUGCGGAGAACCUUUUAUCCUCAGUAAUAACGAAUUUGCCGUCAUAAAAGUGCGAGGCCAGAGCUUUAUGAUGCACCAAAUCCGGAAGAUGAUCGGCCUUGUCAUCGCGAUCAUUAAGGGAUACGCGGAGGAGAACGUCAUUGACCGGAGUUGGGAACAAUACAAAGUGGACGUGCCCAAAGCUCCAGGACUCGGCUUGGUCCUGGAGAGGGUCCACUUCGACAGGUAUAACAAGCGCUUUGGAGGGGACGGGCUACACGAGUGUCUCGAAUGGGAUGGUGAAGAGGAAGCCAUCAAGGCCUUUAAGGAGGCUCACAUUUAUCCUACAAUUGUGGAGACGGAGUGUCAGGAGGGAUCCAUGCGCAGCUGGAUGGCCACCUUGCCCAUACAUGACUUUCACGGCACAGCCAAUGACACGCAGAACAAUAAAGAGCAGAAAGAGGAAGAAGCGGAUAUCACAAAUGACUCUGAUUAAGAAGAAACGUACAGACCUUUUUUUUUUUCAUGAAAAAAGUUUUUUACAAACUUUGUAUUUUAAUUUGCUUUUCAGAAGUUAAGGUUCCUCAUUGAGGCUUCGUUUCUGUUUUCGAUUAAAGAGUUCCUGUACACCAAUUAAAAAAAUAAUAAAAGCCCUUUGAAUUACUCCA